AUGGCUCCGCGAAGAACUAAGACCAGCGUAGCAUGCAUCAAUUGCUCAAAGUCUCAUGUAAUCUGUGAAGAACGAAGGCCAUGCACACGUUGCGUAAAAAAAGGGUUAGAGAAAUCAUGCGUUGAUACGCCAAGAAAACGGCGAAAAUACCUGGCCGAUGUGCCGACCGAUCAAUUGGCAGGGCAGUUCAAACAGCCUCCAGUCGAAAGACCAGAACUUCAACACCUUGAGAAGUCAAGAAAUAUAGCACAUAAGCCUCGGUUUAUGUCUGAUGCGGUAGAUUCCGAGUAUUCUAUUCUUUCGGAUAUUAUACAUCAGGAUGCCUUACUGGGAAAAGUUCCUGUCGAAUUACUGUAUUCACAGAACGUGGAUCCGCAGGGAAAUGGCACUCAGUACUCAACGCCCAAUUCGAACUCGGCAUCGAGUGUUCCGCCAUUGGUGGCACCUUCCACAGACCCACUCAUCUAUCAUACAGCUCCUACUGCCAGCACUGUCAUGCUCGCUCAAACGGAACGCUACAGGGUUUUGCUGGGAGAAAAGGGUCGCGAGGCGCUUCAGCAGGACGUUGACAUUCUCACUACCCACUUCCCUCUUAUUCCCUUCGAAAAUCAAAACUCUCAACCUGCCAUCGACUCACAUAUUUCAAAUGGCAGCGUACGACAGUACUAUUUGAAUCACCAACGGUCUCUAGCUGACAUCAUCAACAUAUUUAAGCCUGAUCACAAGCUCGUAUCAUUGGCGCUAGACGUUACUUCGCAGGAACAGCGUGCAGUACAGAACUUUCCCGAAAUUGCCCAUACACUGCGUUACGAAACUCCGCUCGAAAUAUACACCCUCAUAUCUGCUCCUUUUUCGCAUACAUCUGGUUUUCACUCACUUCUUCAAUAUUUGAGAUCUCGAUUCAGCAGAGCGGAUAUUCUAGAGAUGUGUCGAUCACUUGCCGAAUUUCGACCCAUUUUCAUUGCAAUCGCCGUUACACUGACAGAGGAAGAUAUGAUUUUCAUGGAACAAUGCUACCAAAGAACCCUAUUGGAAUAUGAUCAAUUCAUAUCACAGAUUGGUACCCCAACGUGCGUUUGGCGGCGUAAUGGACAGGUGUCGUAUGUCAAUGACGAGUUUACGCUUCUGACAGGAUGGUCUAGACCGGAUCUACUGUUCAAAAUGACGUUCAUCGUCGAGCUUAUGGACGAUCAAAGUGUUCGUGAGUAUUUCAAGACUUUCAAUCGUGUGGCCUAUCAAGAUUUCAAAGGUAGCGAACGCAUGAAGACGUGCAGAUUGCUUACACCUGUUCGCGAUCAAAAAAUCAAUUGCUGUUGCAUUUGGACGUUAAAAAGGGAUGUUUUUGGGUUGCCAUUGAUGAUUAUUGGUAAUUUCAUGCCAAUAUUGAACGAAGAGAAGCAAUGA